AGGUUGGGUUUGGGUUCUCUCUCCGAACGGAUCGAUUGGAAUGAUCGAUUAUGAUGGAUUAUUAUGUGGGAGGUUACCCGGAUGUUGAAGGCUGAGUUUUGAUUCGUUCAGGAUGAAGAAGCAGUUCAACCGAAUGCGGCAGCUCGCCCACCAGACCGUGGGCAGAGCUGAAAAAACUGAAGUGUUGAGUGAUGAUCUGCUCCAGGUUGAGAAGCGAAUGGAGCUGGUGAAGCAGGUGUCCCACAGCACACAUAAGAAACUGACCGCCUGUCUUCAGGGGCAGCAGGGAGUGGAAGUGGACAAAAAAUCGGUCAGAUCUCCAUCGAAAAAACUGCCCCUCACGACGCUUGCACAGUGCUUAGUGGAUGGAGCGGCUGUUCUGGGGGACGACUCGAUGUUGGGGAAGAUGCUGAAGCUCUGUGGAGAGACGCAGGACCAGCUUUCUCAGGAGCUGCUGCUGUUUGAGGUGCAGAUGGAGAGGGAGGUCAUAGAGCCGCUCUACACGCUGUCUGAGGUUGAAAUUCCAAACAUCCAGAAACAGAGGAAGCAUUUAAGCAAACUGGUGCUGGACAUGGACUCUGCUCGGACACGGUGGCACCAGUCCUCCAAGUCUUCCACUUUGUCCAUUAAGGAGCAGCCGGUAGGAGCUAAAGCCGACGCCCUGAGGGAGGAGCUGGAGGAGACAGCCAAUCGCGUGGAGAUCUGCAGGGAUCAGCUCUCAGCAGACAUGUACGGUUUUGUGGCCAAAGAAACUGACUAUGCAGAAUAUUUCCAGAUGCUGAUCGAGGUACAGGCAGAGUACCACAGGAAGUCUCUGGAGCUGCUCCAGAACGUUCUUCCUCAAAUUAAAGCGCACAAAGAGUUGUGGGUGGAGAAGCCGUGUUUCGGGAAACCGCUGGAGGAGCACCUGAGCCUGACCGGCCGAGACAUCGCCUUCCCCAUCGAGGCCUGCGUCACCAUGCUGCUGGACUGCGGCCUUCAGGAGGAGGGUCUUUUCCGAGUAGCUCCCUCUGCCUCUAAGCUGAAGAAGCUGAAGGCCUCUCUGGACUGUGGAGUUCUGGACGUGCAGGAAUAUUCAGUUGACCCUCACGCCAUAGCAGGUGCGCUGAAGUCUUACCUGCGAGAGCUUCCUGAGCCACUCAUGACCUUUCACCUCUACGAUGAAUGGAUACAAGCAUCUAAUGAGCAGGAUCAGGAGAAGCUUCUGCAGGCUCUUCUGCUAGUGUGUGAGAAACUGCCCAAAGCCAACAGCAACAACUUCAGGUAUUUAAUAAAGUUCCUGGCGAAGCUGAGUGAGUUUGAGGACGUUAAUAAGAUGACUGCAGGAAACAUGGCCAUCGUCCUGGGACCCAACCUGCUGUGGCCUCAGACAGAGGGGACUAUAACGGACAUGAUGACCACUCUGUCCCUGCAGAUCGUGAGGAUCAUCGAGCCCAUCAUACAACACGCUGACUGGUUCUUCCCUGGAGAUAUCGAGUUCAAUAUAACAGGGAACUAUGGGAGUCCGAACCACACCAACCACAACUCCGUCUACAGCUCCCUCUGCCCCGACACUGACCGCGCUGACCGCUCUGAUUACACUGACCACACUGACCACAGACUGGAACACAGACGGCCACUCAGCGUCGCCACAGACAACAUGAUGCUGGAGUUUUACAGGAAAGACGGCAUCAGGAAGAUACAGAGUAUGGGAGUGCGUGUGAUGGACAGCUCCUGGGUUUCCCGCAGAGGCUCUUCUUCCUCUUCGUCCCAGAAGAGUUCGUCCACGCCUCCCUCUGAUUCACUAAUCCCAGAGCAGCUGGGGGAAAGCUCCAGCUCCCCCACCCUAACUCCACCCCCUUAUAGCAGUGACAGGACCAGUGCUGGGAAGAGUAAGGAACUCUCACCUGUGAUUGGACACAGAGGCCUUCAGGUGUCGCCCACUGUUGGACACACACAGAUAUCUGACCACAGCCUGCACAAAGUUAAGAAACUGGCCCCUGUUGCUCCUAAAUCUCCGUACGCUCAGUCCGGCAGUAUGUCUGACCCCUCCCCCGGUCAGCCUUCACCGGUCAGCCUGUCCCCGACCCCCCCCACCACACCGUCCUUCAGCUACCCGCAGGUCUACGCCACCAUCAGCUCUCCUGGACACAGUGCCCCCGGUGCCCUCUCCUCCCCACUGCUGCUCUCUGCCACCCUCCCUAAAGCCCGACCCAUCUCCAAACCCCCCCGACACAGGCCCAGUCUGCCUCCGCCCCGCCCCCCCAGCCCCCCAUCUGUGGAGCCCUCUGGCACCGCCCUGCUGGACACAGUGAGCCCAGGAGAGAGCAUGUCCACAGAUUCUGUGCUGAGUCCAGAUCUUCCCAUCAUCAACAUUCAAACAGAUAUCAUUCAGGACGAGAGCGCUAGCGCCCCCAUCAGGACGCCUGGAACGCUGUCUGAAUCAGAGGAUGAAUGUGAGAGCACUAAACUCUGACCUGAUGAGAGUCCAUUACAUUCCAGUUCUCCGCUCUCCAUUAGUGUACCAAUCACUCCUCCAAACAUUCACCAGCUCCGCCGACCAACCCGACUGCAGAAAUGUCGUUACACAGAGCGAGGAUUAAAAACGAGAGUUAUGUGUAAGUUAUCAGUGUAACUAAUAUAAAGGAAUCAGUGGAUAUUUUUUUAUUGUGGCCUACAAUUAUCAAUGUUUUAUUUAUUUAUUAUGUUUAUUAGCUUUAUCUGAGAUGUUGCAGUUGCCUUGAAAUGAGCAUUUGACAGUUCAGUGAAGUUACUGUUGUUUGUAAUGACCUGAUCGGUCAGUCCGACAUGAGAUUCAGACCGCCUCAAACUGUAUUUCUGUAAUAAACGACACCAACUUUACAAAACAUUACUUACAAAUUCUAAAGAGCGCCACCUAGUGCUGAAUGUUAGUGUAGUCUGUAUAAAUAACUACAGCAGCUCCGAGUGGACACUGUCUGUACCGUCAUCAGCACCAGGUUUCAGACCUCUGCGUCCGCUUACAUGACUAUUAAUAUUUACAUUAAUAAUUACACCAGAACAUAGUUGACAAGUCUACAUUUACGUCAGUGCUAAGUACUUCAUUAGUAGCCGAUACUGGCGGCUAAACUCUUUCAGUGUAGUUUAACUUCCAGUUCUGAGUGGAGUUGGUUUCAUGAAUUAUUUCCAGACUAAUGAAGAAUGUUUGGUUUCAUGUUUUGCAGAAAAACAGACCUCUUACAUGCUAGUUUAGCUCUCAGGAUCAGAUGUUAGUGUGAAAGGAUGUGGCGCUAAAUGUGCCUCGAUACGGUCGCAGUCUGAGCAGCAUACGGUUUUAAUCACGUUACAGAUGUUGGUGGAUGGACAGUUGGGAGUUUUGCCAACUUAUCAGAGCUCUGAUUGGCGUAGUGCGUUGUGUAUGUGAGGAGAGAGAACUGAAGCUCAGUCUGGCAGUGGUUCUACCCACUACACUAAACUGACCACUCCAUCACACUACAGUGUAGAAUUUCACCUCUGCAGAAGGUUUUAGUGGGGAAAUAUGUGCCAGUGGUCAUUAGAGGGUUGGCCUCAUAAACUGAACGCUAAUUUUGGACGCAUUGUCGCAUUAAGGCACCUUUUUUUCAUAAGUACAUCUGAGUGUUUAUCUGUCAGUGGAAAAAUAUUAGUCAUGUCUGAAUGAAGUGAACAGUUUGUAUCCGUCACUUAAGUGCUUCUCACUAAUGUUUCCAACAACUCUAAUUCUCAUGUACAAAUUCAGUCUGUAUAUAGAAACAUGUAUUUACUCUAUCAGAGAUAAAAGAAUAUCUAAGAAUAUAAAUAUAUAUGUUAACAUGCUGGUGGUAUUUUUAGUAUGUCCACUACACUGACCACACUGCAGGUUCUUAUUCACUGCUCUCAGACAGGCUUUAUGAUGAGAUUAAGGUACUUUUAUUUUGUUCUUAGCUCCAAACAGUGCAGCACGCCUACUAAUUUAGAGUUCCAGUCUGAAUCUCUGGACUCACUUUGGACUGACGUUCUGUGAUGUUCACUGAAGUUCUAAACUGAGCUGAUCAGUCUGCUGUGAAUUUAAGGUAACAUUAACAAAGUCUGCAGACGUUGUAAACCAGUCUGCAUUGAUCUCGUGUUCCCCUCACAGCCUGAAAUAAGGUAGGACAUUUUUUAAACUUCAACUCAAAAAAUAUAAGUAAACACUUCAGUACGCCAGGCCUGUAGGGGGCGAUAGUACCUUGUAAAAUGUGACGUCAUACGGCUGUAGAGGAACAAUGUGAGCACUGCUGUGUCUGAUCCACUCGUACCAGCGCAACACACACUAACACACCACCACCACAUCAGUGUUACUGCAGUGCUGAGAAUGAUCCACCACCCAAAUAGCACCUGCUCUGUGAGGGUCCAUGGUUCCUGCUGGUGGCUAAUAAUCACCCUUCUGGAAAUAGACUAUUAGAACCAUUAGGAUUAAAACCUAAUGGUUUUGCUUUCUAAUGGGAAUUGGCUUAAGGAUUACCACUACUUUCCUGUAGGACACCUUUAGAUGCCACUUGGAAACCAUCAAAUGCAUCUAUAAUCAGAACACCUGUUAAACCAUUAGAGUCCUUUUACACUAUGAUAUCAACCAUCUGGAGAACAAAGAACACCAUUAGAGACUUUAAGACACCAGCAAGAACCAGCAGAACCAUUUAAUGUUUUCUCAGAAAUGCAGGCGCUAAGUCUGUGUGACCAGUAAGGUCCAGACGUUCAGUCCAGAGAAGAUCGGAGAUUCAGAGUCGGCAACUCUGUGUUUGUAAAAUUCUGUUAAACGCCUUUAGACUGAAAUCUAAAGCUCGUCUGAUCUGAAGACGAAAAAGUCCAGUUACUCUCGCAGCUCCUGAGGAUUUACGGCUUAAAUCGGUUGACCUGAUGUGAACUGACCAGUCUGUCCAGUAGGGUAUUAUUUCCACACUGAAUGUAAAUGUAAACGUCAUUAAGAUGAGUGAGAAACAGCUGCAGUGGAACAUUGAGAUUUAUAAUAAAUAAUAAUCAAAACAACCUCAACAGACUUUACCUCAGUGUUCAGAGGCUCAUCAGCAGGAACGAAGGCCGUCAGUCCAUCAGUCCAUCAGAGCCUGAGUGUUUCUGCCUCCACAGAGUUCCUGUUCAUCAGAGAAUCCGAGUUUCUGCUCUGACUCUGUAGAUAUUAGCGCAGUGCGGCGCUGUGUUGUGCCAUAAAAUGACCAAAAACACAAUUAAAUUAAAAACCGCUAAUCAGGGUUAUCGUGGCGGUUCCAGCAGGUGAAAAUGACCUAGAACCAGAACCGUACGUUCUGUUGGUUCCUUGUUAGGUGAGUUGUUUUUUUAAAGUGCAGGAAAUGGCUCUGAAUCACUAUCGCAGGUUUAAAGAGGGAAACUUUCUCAGUAUCAGCUUUAACGUCGAACUGAAUCAGGUUCAAUUUGUCUCUUUGAUGUUUGUCGUGAUUUGCUGGUUUGGUAAAUUAAGAAAGUCACACUUUGAUGUUUUCAGCAUGUUGAUGUGAAGCUGAAGGUGAACUGAGUGUCAGUUUGUGUUGAUGGUUGUGAAGAAAAAGCCACUUUAGAUUCUCGUCUGUAUUCUGUGCUGUGAAUGAAGCUCCCUGUAAUGUAGGAACACGGGCGUGGGG